AUGGAUAGGAAGACAAAAGCAAAACAGGAUAAAGAAACCCACUCGCAGACUCUCUCCGAGAAUAAGAAACACCGCCUCCGCCUUUAUAAUAGGCUGCCUCAUGGAAGACUACUCAGACGGCAGUCUAGAAAACGGGGGUACUUUGAUUCGGGUGAUUUGGCUCUCUCUACAGCCGAUAGAGUAACUGAUAAAGGUGCAAUUCAAACUGGCACAACCCAUCCUAUAUAUGAUAGCAUUUCUUAUCCUUAUACCCCGGUUCCUAACACCAGUAAUGCCAACAGAGAUACAAACAAGAGCUUUAGUGGCAAGAAAUCCCAAAUUCCGGAAAUAAUAGAUAGUCCUCUGCACCAACCAAUCGACAAUACAAAUAGGAUGCAGAAACCAGAAGAAACAGUUUAG